CCGUCUUCAUUUUUAAAUGCUGCAUUCAUCUACUAGGAGGGUGAGGGAAAGCGAAGAACAAAUCGGGGUGUGAAGAUGGAGAAGAUAGAGCACACCAGUGUGAUAACGAAUGGGAUCAAAAUGCACUUGGCGUCAAUAGGAUCAGGCCCAGCAGUUCUUUUGCUUCACGGCUUCCCUGAGCUCUGGUAUAGCUGGCGUCACCAGCUCCUCUCACUCGCCUCUCUCGGCUACCGGGCUAUCGCGCCUGACCUUCGUGGCUACGGUGAUACUGACGCCCCGCCCGCUUCUACUUCCUAUUCCGCCUUACAUAUUGUCGGCGACAUCGAUGGACUUCUCGAUGCCCUGGGCAUUGAACAGGUAUUUUUGGUGGGUCAUGACUUCGGCGCCGUCAUGGCUUGGUAUUUCUGCUUAUUCAGGCCCGACCGUGUCAAGGCAUUGGUCAACUUGAGCGUGGCUUUCAGCCCCAGGAACCCGAGAAGGAAACCGCUUGAGAGCAUGAGAUUCUUGAUGGGCGAUGAUUACUAUAUUUGCAGGUUUCAGAAACCUGGGGAGGUUGAAGAAGAGUUUGCCCGUGCUGGUACUGCGAGAAUAAUAAAGGAAUUUUUAACAUAUAGAAAUCCAAGUCCACCUUGUGUCCCUAAAGAGAUAGGAUUUGGAGGUUCAUCUGAUACUCCAACAACUUUGCCUUCUUGGCUGUCUGAAGAAGAUGUCAAUUAUUAUGUCAGUAAAUUUGACGAGAAGGGCUUCACUGGCGGUUUAAACUAUUAUCGUGCGAUGAAUCUAAACUGGGAACUCACAGCGCCGUGGACUGGGCUACAGAUCAAAGUCCCGGUCAAGUUUAUUGUAGGAGAUCUGGACAUUACAUAUAAUACUCCAGGCAUUAAGGAAUAUAUACAUAAUGGCGGAUUCAAGAGAGAUGUUCCGUUUUUACAACAAGUGGUUGUUAUGGAAGGAGUAGCCCACUUUCUGAAUCAAGAAAGGCCAGCGGAGAUCAGUGCGCACAUCCAUGACUUCAUCAAGAAAUUUUAAUCCGUCCUUCACAAGUUUUUAAGUGUAUGACUAUGUACCAGUAUCACUAACAGUGCCCACCCUAAGGCGUGCCAAAGUGCCAAUACUUGUGUGAAUGUCAAGUCUGCAGAAAUUCUUGCGCAUCAGCUAGAGUUUCCUCAUUUUUCUGUACUUUGUUUUCAAAAGUUACAAGGGAAUUGUGAGAGGCACAGUUAGUUGAAUUAAUCGUGGGACUUUGAUUGCCGAGUCUUUCUUCCACAGAUGUUGAUCGGUCUCGCACAAGCUGAUUGCAAACAUGGAGACACAUUUGGGGAUAGAGGACUCGUGGUUAUUGCUUGAUGGCUUUUAAUAUUUUAAUGAAUUUACUAGGGUUUUUAAUAUAAUUUGAAGUCAUCUUGUGGCAUUAGCAAAUUUAUGAUUAAAUGGACAAUUAUUUGUGAGAAUGGAUGUGGAUAAGUUUCAAGAUAAUUGUAAAAACUAUUG